GAAAUGGCGUCGUUCGACCCUGCCGGAUUGCUCGUUGCUUUGAGCGACAGCGACAGUUCGCACAGUUCCUCUUCAGAAAGCAGCAGCAGCAGCGAUGAGGAUGAGUCGUACGUACUGUACGAAAUUUUAUUUAAUGAAAUGUUUGCAGAGCCUCCGCACAAACGCCCCAAAAUCGUCGGCUACGUCGAAGAAGUCGUACACGUGUACUCGGAGGAGGAGUUUCGCAGGAACUUCAGGGUCUCUAGGUCCGUUGCAGCCGACCUGUACAACGGCUUUACUGCCUCUAGGAUGUGCCCUCGUUGCGACAAUGGGGGUUCGUCUGCCAAAACAGCCGAGGAGCACGUCCUGGCGUUCCUGUGGUAUGCAGCAAAUAAAGCUUGCAUAAGAGAUGUGGCAGGCCGCUUCGGGCUUGGGGAGACAACGACUUUUAGGGUCAUUGAACGUGUGAUGGAGUAUCUCGUGGAAUUGGCAAAAACUGAGAUAGCCUUCCCGGACGACAUCCGGGGCCUGGCCAAAGAUUUCGAGCAGUUGUCUGGAGUGCCGGGCGUCAUCGGCUGCAUCGAUGGCACAUACAUCAAUAUUCGCUGUCCUGCCAGGAAGGUGCGGUCAACCUACAUUAAUCGGCAUAAUGAUAUUUCCAUGACGCUGCAAGCAGUUUGCGACCACGAGAAACGGUUCCUCGACGUUACUGUGGGAAACCCCAGUAAAAUGCACGAUGCCAAGAUAUACAGAAAUUCUCGGUUGGCAGCAAGGCUCCCUCAGAUAUGCGCAUCGGGUAACUACCAUAUCCUGGGAGAUGCUGCUUACCCGUUGCGGCAGUAUCUACUCACUCCAUACAGAGAUUACGGAAAACUCACAAGUCAACAAAAAAGCUUCAAUGCAAGGUUUUCAGCAACAAGAGUGCGCAUUGAAAAUGCAUUUGGAGAUUUGAAAGCCCGCUUCCGGCAGCUUUUACACCUCGACUUCUUUGUGGUUGACAAGAUCAACGUAUUUGUGAUAUCAUGCUGUGUUCUGCAUAAUCUGUGCAUAAAGGCAGGAGUUGAGGAUAUACCAUUUGACCCUGAGGAUACUGGUUCAGAUUGCACGUGGCAAAGAUUGUCACAUGACGACAGGGAAAGCUCUGGGCCACAGACAGCCAAGGAAACAGUGUUGCGGCAAAUGGGGGAGCAAAAACGGGAAAGUGUUCGACAAAAGAUGGGUCUACAGUGAGCUACUUGAAGACCUCCUGCCAAGUUUUGGACAUGCAAAUGAAGUGCACAGCACACAUGUGAAAACGAACUUUUUAUUUUGUGUUUUUUGGAGCGGAGGGUGGAGGGAGAGCGCAAGGUUUGUCGGUUUUGAGACCGAGUACGGCUCGUAAGAGUUCCAUUUUUUCGCUAUGCAUCUCUUCUCGCCUCCUGGUGUUUUCGAGUUUCCGCCUCUCUCUUUCCUGUUGCCUAGCAGCUUUCCUUUCUGCUUUGCUUUCUUCAAUUUCUUGAAUUUUGUCGAGGAAAACCUUCAUGUGGUGCGCGCGGCUGGUGCUCUCUCUCUUGCCUUUUUCUUUUUUUUUGGUGGUCAUCAUCUUUCUGUUCACAUGAUCCAGAUAGGCUGGAACUGUUGUCCGUACUUUCACUCUGUGAACUGGCUGGUGAGGGUUGUGAUGACGUCUUCUGUGAUACCACACCAGCGGAAUCACGGACAACUUCCGGCUCUAAGCUGUCAUCCAGGUGUCUGAUUUUUUCGAGCUCAUCUUCAUACUCCACCAGUUGGGGAGAGUUUCCAGACUGGCUGUUCUGGACACAUGCACUUUUCUUUCUUUUGCACACAGUUUUAUACCGUGUGCAGCAUUGAUCACCUGUCCAGAUUGAGCCAGUCACAUCUUUAAUAUCCUGUGCAAUUUUUGCAAACAUGCACUUUUUGUUUUUAAAUUUUUUCAUUGGGCCUACUUGUGGGAAGUAGUUGGAGUAGCGAUCAAGGAGGAGUUUUGUUUCCCCUGGUGUCCAGUCACAUGUUGCAUCUGGAAAAGUGAAGUAAGAAGCACCAGUUCUGAAUGUCACGUUGGUUGUUGUGGCUUUUCAAUAAAUGUCAUUUUUUUCAGUA